GCUCUCGUUCGGCGCCAAAAAUUCUGUUCUGCCAAAACCCCAAUGGUUACAUCGGAUGGUUAUAUUUCUAAUUUUUUUAUCUUGUAAGAAAAUUGAAUUCUCAUCACCCUGGAGAUCAUGGUUUAUUUUUGAUUGGGUGAAAGUCUCGUUGAACAAUAGUGGAAAAGAAAACGUGUUGGCAUGAUGGUGCACAAAACGGACGCCACUGAUUCUGGGACUUUGUUAUCCAAACCAGGAGACGAAAAGCCGGUCGUUUUCGAAAGGACGAUCGUUGAAUACAAGGAUCUUUCUCAGAGAUUUAAACACGGAAAAAAAGAUUUCAGUAAACAAUUCUGUCAUAUCUAUUUCGCGAGAUUACAAGCUCUGACUGAAGUGCUGAUGGAAAAAGUGACUGAAAAAUGGGGAGAUUUGAAGGGGGGCAGGAUCGCAGACCUCGACGGGACUCAAGGUGAACGGUCCGUCGUUAUUGGCACCCUUUACAAGCACCAGCGGUUGAAGCCAUCGAUUCUGAGAGAAUUUAGCGAGGAGUACCAACUGGCGCCGCCAGCUCCAAACAUUAAUUACUGCUCGGACGAGGACCUUUUAUUUCUUGAAGAUGAAAUGCUGAGAAUUAAACUGGUUGGAAAUCAUCUUAACAUCGAACAGAUGGUAACAGGCAUUGUUUGUGGUUUACUGGGAAUUUUACAAGAUGAUGGAACCUUUGAUGUAGAAGACUGGUGUUUUCCAGGUUGUAUUCCCAGAACCGUGAUGCCUAGCUCUGCAACGAGUGGAAAGAUAUUGUUGCUAUCUGGUUUGGAUCUGACUAACAAAGCUGAGAGCAUGUCAAUGGUCCUACUGACCGAAUGGAUAAAUGGAAUGAUCGGAGAUCCAGCUAUCCAGAAGGAAGAAGCCUCAAUUGUUAGGGUCAUUAUCGCAGGUAACAGUAUCAGAGGAAGUGGAGAGAUUUAUACCAUCAACAGCCUAUUGAGCGAAAAAGCAGAGGAUGAAGAAGCUGCCAGAGAAACUGCAUUGGCUGCGCAAAGAUUUGACACUUUUUUGAAACGAAUCGUCGAGUGCUGCUGCGUAACUUUGAUGCCUGGAGAGUUCGAUCCAACGAGUCACAUGAUUCCACAACAGCCACUGCAUCCCUGCAUGAUCCCCGAGUCUACUAGAUUCAAGAGCCUGCAAGGGGCUACCAACCCUUGGAUCGGUAGCCUUGGCUCCCGCAUAGUUGCUGGCUCGAGUGGUCAACCAAUUGACGAUAUAAUGAAAGUGUCCGGUGUGGCUGAAAUUUCCCCACUCGCUUGGCUUGAGAAGACUUUAUCUUGGAGACACUAUACCCCGACUUCCCCAGACACCCUUCCAUCUUAUCCGUAUUAUGAAAAAGACCCUUUUAUCAUGGAAGAAUUUCCCGACAUAUACUUUGCCGGCAAUAUGGAAAAGUACGAGACGAAACUGUGGAAAGAUGAAAAUGGAGAGGUGACAAGACUGAUUUGCAUACCUCGCUUCUCACAGUCUGGGACAGCAGUGCUGGUAGAUCUUGAGACUUUGGAUACACAGCCAAUUUCAUUUGGCACAAGUUGAUGUUCGUUGAGAAUGGGUAUCUCCUGAAUAUGUUUAUUAAAUUAUCAUUUUUUUUUUGUCUCUGUUAUUAAAUUUAAUAUUUAAUAACUUGGACGUGUCUCAGCUGCAUGCGAUGUAAGUUAUAAUAAUUUGUAAAAAUAUUUCUACGUUUCUUACGUCUGGCAAAAUAAUUUCGUGAUUCUGCAAGCCCUUGGAUAGGUUAGGUUUCCAAUUUUUCCAAUUUUUUACCAUAUAUCAUUUGCCAAUGACUUAGAAUACAGUCUCUGAAUUACAAUUCAAUCACUAUGAUUAUCGUCUCAUCAAAUAUACAUAUCUGAAAUUUCCAUUUCUCUAAAGAUAUAUUUAUUCAUCCAUUUUGGAUAUUUUUUUCUCGAUGCUUUAGGUAUAUGUAGAUACAAUAUUGAAUAUCGUAAUACUAAUUUUUUCGAAUUGAUAUAUUAUAGCAUAUUUAAGGAAGAUGUAAUAGAUUUUAGUAGCUAAAAUUUGUCUACGUUUUGGCAACAUCUUUUUGCUAAAAUCAGCCGACGAAUAAUAUUUGAAUAUAUUUUCUCUUUGCCAAAUCUUA